UCACAACAAGACGUACCGGCGUUUGUUUUAGAAAGGCGACUUUGAAGUACCGUAACCUGUCGUUGCUGUGGCUGAUGUCCGGUCAGUGUUGCCAUGACGAUGUUGUCACUGUAACAUGAAUGAUUGGAAGAGACCUAGGAUGGAGCCAUCUUGACAUGAAGUUCAAAUCUCGGAUAGUCUGAACAGCUGUGUCUCAAAAAUGCUCUCGGGACUUGUUGCUGCACGCCACUCUCUGAAGUGGACCACUCCUCACUGGAAAACUACUCUUAAUAGAACUUAUUGGCCAUCAGAGCCAGGGCAGUGGCUGCUGAGAGCUGUUGUCUGGAGGAAAGCUCAUAGAUGGACGAAAGUACCGUCAUCAAGGAUAAACCAGAAGCCAGUCUUUGCCAGAGCUCCAGCUUUUGGAGAUAAGCUAGCUAUCAUAGACAGUAGUGGCAGCCACAGCUACAAGCAGCUGUACGGCAGCAGCUUAGGCCUUGCAGGAAGAAUCAGCACUGCUCUCAGCUCUGACUUUGGGGGUCUGGAAGGAAAACGAAUCACCUUCCUAUGUGCUAAUGAUGCGUCCUAUACAGUGGCACAAUGGGCAGCUUGGAUGAGUGGCGGGACGGCGGUGCCGCUCUACCGAAAACACCCACCAGCUGAACUGGAGUACAUCAUCUCCGACUCCCAGAGUUCACUGCUGGUGGCAGGGCAUCCUUACGCUGAAACCUUGGAGCCCCUGGCACGGAGACUGGGGUUGCCAUGUCUCACACUGCCCCCUACCUCAAACCUGCACACUUUGAAUGGGGCAGAGACACAAGAGAAGGAGGUGACCAUCACAGACUGGGCUGAGCGACCAGCGAUGAUCAUCUACACCAGCGGUACCACAGGGAGACCCAAGGGAGUUCUGCAUACACACUACAGCAUCCAAGCCAUGAUCCAAUGUCUGGUUUCAGAGUGGGCGUGGUCCAAGGAUGACGUCAUCCUCCACACUUUGCCGCUCCACCACGUGCACGGCAUUGUCAACAAGCUGCUGUGCCCGCUCUGGGUUGGCGCCACCUGCAUUAUGCUGCCUGAAUUCCAGCCUCAUAAGGUGUGGGAGAUGCUGUUGAGCUCCAAGUCUCCCCUGGUUAAUGUGUUCAUGGCCGUGCCAACUAUCUACUCUAAGCUGAUAGAGUACUAUGAUCAGCACUUCACACAGCCUCAUGUCAAAGACUUUGUCAAAGCGGUCUGCAAAGAAAGGAUCAGGCUCAUGGUUUCAGGCUCAGCUGCUCUCCCUCUGCCCACUCUGCAACGCUGGGAGGAGAUUACAGGACACACACUGCUGGAACGCUACGGCAUGACUGAGAUCGGCAUGGCACUGUCCAACCCUCUGAGGGGCACACGCAUCCCAGGGGCUGUAGGGUUGCCACUCCCUGGUGUGGAUGUUCGGAUUGUUAUGAAUAACAUGACCAACGCCACUAUUGUGGAGGGAAACCACAGAGAGACUCAGGUACGUCCAGGUCUGGAGGGGAAGGAAGGGGAGCUCCUGGUUCGAGGUCCAUCCGUCUUUAAGGAGUACUGGAAUAAACCUCAGGAGACCAGAGAGGCUUUCACUGAUGACAGCUGGUUCAAAACAGGAGACACAGCAACCUUUAAAGAUGGUGUGUAUUGGAUUUUGGGCCGAACCAGUGUUGACAUCAUCAAGAGUGGUGGCUACAAGAUCAGUGCGCUCGAAGUGGAGCGUCACCUGCUGAGUCAUCCAGACAUCACAGAUGUUGCUGUGAUCGGGGCCCCAGAUGCCACAUGGGGCCAAAAGGUCACUGCAGUGGUGCAGCUGAAGAGGGGGCAGAGUUUGACCUUGCCUCAGUUGAAGACCUGGGCUAGGGAGCACAUGGCGCCCUACACCAUCCCCACAGGCCUGGUGCUGGUGGAAGAGAUGCCGAGGAAUCAGAUGGGCAAGGUCAACAAGAAGGACCUCCUGCGACACUUCUUCUCAUGACUGGACUACUUCUCAGUGUAUGACACCAUACAGGUUCCUGGUUGAAGAAAAACAGAUGUACGUCACCUCUUGACUGUCCCCAUCUGGUCCUUAGAUCAGACAAUACAUCACACGUAUAGAGAGGGAACACAAAGUAAUGAAUAAACACCUCAUGGAAAAUGACUUCCCCUCUGAGGAAACUUAAUCACAACUACAAACGCUGCUACAAAGGUAAUUCUAUUACUUUGAAUACCAAUUAUGCCGAGCAUUGUUUAUUAGCUAUGAGAGGGCUGGAAAUUAUCCCUUUGAUAUAUAAUUUACCAUGUAACCAUGGUCUUGAGUCAGUAAAUUCUCAAUGUAAAACAAAAUAGCACAAAUAAUGUGUGCUCAAUUUCCAGAUGUAUUCAAUAACAUAAAAGUAAGAAAAUAAGAAUUAUAUAGAAUACCACUUUGAAAAGUGCUGAAUUGUGACAAUAUGGCAAACAAACUGAAUCAAAAACAAGGACCAUUUAUAUUCAGUUUACAUUUACUUAACAUUGAUGUGACAGAAAGUUGUGACUGUCUCAGAUUCACACUAUAUACUAAUUCUAAGCAGGUUUUGAGUAUUAAAUAUAUUCACGCUUAGAAAGUCAAAUUAAAUGCACUCAAAACAGUCAGUAUGCAUACAAAAACGUAUUGAUUUUUGAGUGUACUGUUAAUGAACCCUGUUGUCCAACAUCACAAAGCACAAAGGCAACACAUUACUCUGCAUGAAAUUCUAAAUGAUUUCAGAUUUUAGAGAGACAACAGGGAAAUACAAAAGCAUUAAAUCCUCUAAAAUACCUGGAAAAACAUUUUUCUUUAACUUUGUGAAGUUUAUUUGACAGAGGCAUUCUAAUUACAGUUUGAUUGACGUUACACGUAUUGUGUCAUUUCCUGUCAGUACAAAUUAGUAAAGUAUUUGAUUCCUUUAUUGUAAAUGCAAAACCAGUAUACUGCAAUGAUUAGUUUUGGUACAAACUGCUUACAAUAAGUCUUUAUUGGGAAAUUGGGAUACAAUAUGUGAUUUAGUUGCUUCAAAAGUCAAAUUAUUUUUUAUUUAUUGUUAAUGUCAUUUUGUCUUCUCUUAGCAAAACUGUGACAUUGACCAUUAAAUCUGCCUUAAUGAGACAGGAACAGCUAGCGUCAUCCUCUUUGGCUACUGAUGAUUAAUUAUACUCACUAUCAACAAAAGGUUUAGUUGUUCAGCAACAUAGCAAUAUUGGAGUAUUAAUAAUGGUAUAUUGGCAUGUUUUUAAUUGUUUUAUCAAAGAUUUUUGAAUGAUAGUUUGCAGUGGUAGGUUGUGACCCCAUAUGUGGUUGAUAAUACCAGCACCGGACACAAUAAAAGACUAUGAGGUGGUAGAAGAGAAGGCAUGAUGAGCUUUGAAAUGUACUUUCAGGAGAUCAGUGAGAAUACACAGUUAAUAUUAGCUCCUCAGCACUGUGUAUACACUGAUGCACUUGAAAACGCAGAUAAUGUUUAUCUGAAAAUUGCAAAGUUUUAUAAAAAUCUAAA